AUUCAAGAUAUGGAAAAUGUGAAUGGCGUAUCAAGCACUAGUAGUAUUUCUCCAGAGCCACGCUCAAAGGCUCCAUUAGCAAAGGGGCUUCGGAAUUUUCGAAUGGAUAAGGAGUCUGCUACCAAGGGCCAGCUGUCACUGCUGAGGUACUUUCGCUCAGAGCCAAGGAAGUCCGGAAAAUCUAGCGAUAAAGUUUCAGAACAGUUGAAGACAGAAGAAAAUAGUCCUACUGAUGACACUGAUGCUGCUACAGUCUCUGUCCACCACAAAGUAGGUGUGGAUGUUGAGCAGCCAUCUGUCAAGGUUGAGAGAAAGACCCCUACUUUAGUUACAACUACACUAGUAAACAAGCCAUCUUCUACGAUCUCAUAUCGUCACACGGUUGUAGAAUCUCAGUCGGACUUAGUAACAAAUAAUUCACUUCAAUCCAAUAUGGCUGACAGUGAUAGUGAAACCAUUUGCAGUCAACAGAGUGUUGAAAAUAGUUGUAAUAACUCAGGACCUGAGGAAUCAAGCAGCCCUGUGUUGAAAAGAAGAACCUUAGAUAGAGAGAGUAGUUUGAAUGGUGAUGCAGAAGAUUCAAGUGACCAUUCCAGUAGCUUGGUCACAGGAAGUUCAGGAGGAAGCAGUAUUAAAGCCAAACUGUCAUCAUAUCGCAUGCCAUCAAAGCUUUUGUAUGUAAAACCUCCAUCAUCUGACCCAGAGGACAGCAACAGUGGCAAAGAAGACAAUUCACAGAAUCCUCUUGGUGGUGCUUCAAUGAAAUCUCUUAUAGAAUAUUCAUCCUUCAAGAAGUCAUCGUUCACAGAUACAGAGCAAGAUAGUCAGGACAGUCCUAUUUUUCAAACAAGGGUUCCAAAACGUGCACGUGUCAUAGACUCUGAUGAAGAUAAUGAUUCUGAUCCCCCAUCGAAAAGAGUUCAUACAAAUGGGCAUAGCGGCUCAUCUGACGAAGGAAGUGAAAUGCCAGAUGAUGAGACGAUCCAGAAGUUCAUUGAGAUGUGGGAGUCAGUUUAUCCACUCGUUGAUAAAUUGGAAGCUAUGGAUGCCUUUAAGGAUCACAACUGGGAGGUUAAAGAAACAAUGUUAUAUUUAGGCAAACUUAAUACCCAAAGAAAGAAUCAGAACAAACUAAAGAAUUUGGAGGAAAUGCUAGCAAGAAAGAGAGAGAUUGCUGAACGUAAGAAGGAAGAGAGAACGAUGAGGAAACGUGAAGUCACAGAGAAAAAAGAAGAGCUAAAGAAACAGAGAGAAGCUGUAAAACAAAUGGAGUCAGCAGAAAGAGCAGCCCAGAGGGAGAAAUUGAGGGCACAGAAAGCAAUACUUAAAGCCAAAGCUGCUAUGAAAAGUGAAGCUCAGGAUGUUGAAGAGGAAGAGGAUGAAUACAAUUUUGGUAGUGCCAAGGUUUAUGACAGUGAAGAAGAUUCAGACACUGAGCCUGAUAUGACUUUAACUCCAGACCGUGCUCUUGUUCUGAGUUUCUUUAAUGAUGGUACAGUUGGAGAACUGUCUGCUAUCAGUGGUUGUAAUAAAAAGAAAGCAGAGCUCAUCAUACAGAACCGGCCGUUUGCUGAUUGGCAAGACAUUGUCUACAAGUUUCAGACAAUGAAAUCUGUAUCUACUGAGCUUCUAAAUCAGGCUAAGAGUAUUCUACAUGUAAGAAGGACAGUCCAGCAGCUGAUGAAAAGGUGUGAAAAGAUUGCCAAAGAUAUGCAGAGUAUUGUAUCUAGGAUAGUUAGUGGUGAAGAAGAUGCAGGCAUCAGUGAACAGCCGGAAUCUCUAAAUCCAGAAAUGAAGCUGAAGGGUUAUCAAUUAAUAGGACUCAAUUGGCUUGUCUUGAUGCAUGAACAAGGUUUAAAUGGAGUACUAGCAGAUGAGAUGGGUCUUGGGAAAACAGUUCAGGCAAUUUCAUUCCUUGCUUACAUAAAGGAUACGGAGGAGCCUGACAAAAUAAGUGUCAUCAUUGUUCCUUCAUCAACUUUAGAGAACUGGGCUAGGGAGUUGGAAUUGUGGUGUCCAUCAUUAGUUGUACUUCAGUACCAUGGAACUCAGGAAGAAAGAAGAGGUAUGCGCAUUGCCAUAGUGAAUGAUGACCUUGAAGAAGUACCAGAUGUGAUUCUCACCACGUACAAUAUGGUUACAAGUAGUCCUGAAGACAGACAACUCUUCAAGAAGCUUCGAUUCAAUAUAGUAAUUUUAGAUGAGGCUCACAUGUUGAAAAAUAUGGCUUCUCAGCGUUAUGAACAACUUAUGAAAAUUAAGGGAGAGAGACGUGUGCUAUUAACUGGAACUCCGCUUCAGAACAACUUGGUAGAGUUGAUGUCUCUCUUGAUAUUUGUCAUGCCCCAGCUUUUUGACAGCAAACGGGAUGAACUUAAAAGAGUCUUUGCCAUGUUUCCGAAAGGGGAAGAAUCAUCUAAAAACAAAUUUGAACGUGAGAGGAUUGAGCAAGCAAAGAGGAUCAUGAAACCAUUUUUCUUACGCCGUUUGAAGAAUGAUGUUUUAAAGGAUCUUCCUCCCAAGAACGAUAGAGUUAUAUAUGCUCCACUGGCAGAAAGGCAACAGAAGCUCUACUCAGAGACUGUGGAUAUCCUCAGUAGGAAGGCUCAGCAAAAUAAGAUAAACCUGGAAGAAAUAAACUUACAACGUUUAUCAGAAAUUGAGGAACUGGAAGCAACAGCUGAUUUCUCAGGGAAAGGAAAGAAAGAUGGCAAGCAAGUCGAUUCUGACACCAGUAGUAAUAUGGUGAUGACUCUUAGGAAGAUUGCUAAUCAUCCUUUACUUGUAAGAUCUUACUAUGACUUGAGUAAGAUAAAAGCAAUGGCCAAAGUAUUAAAAAAGACCACCCAUAGAGACUCUGUUGAAGACUACAUUGUUGAAGAUUUAAGUGUCAUGUCCGACUUCCAGAUUCAUAAAACGUGUUUAACAUAUUAUCCAAUCAAGGACUAUUGCUUAAAAAAUGAGCAGCUCCUUCAUUCUGGCAAGUUUGAACAGCUUGAUGCCCUAUUACCUGAACUUAAAGAAAAAGGUAGUCGUGUUUUAAUAUUUUCUCAAUUUGUGAUAGUUCUGGAUAUUUUAGAACAGUACCUUAAAAUUCGUGGACAUAAGUUUGUGAGAAUAGAUGGUUCUACACAGGUGGCAGACAGGCAAAUGCUCAUUGAUUUAUUCUCUGACAAUGAGCAUCUCUUCAUAUUUCUUCUGUCAACACGAGCGGGUGGUCUUGGCAUCAAUUUAACUGCUGCAAACACAGUUAUUCUCCAUGAUAUAGACUUCAACCCAUAUAAUGACAAACAAGCAGAGGAUCGUUGCCACAGGGUUGGUCAAACAAAGCCUGUUGAAGUUAUUAGGCUUGUGAGUAAAGGCAGUAUAGAGGAAGGCAUGCUGCAAAUUGCUCAAGAUAAAUUGCAGUUGGAACGUGAUGUUACUGGUCAUGGAGAGGAACAGCAGAAGAAAGGAGAUCUGGUAUCUCUCUUAAAGGCUGCAUUAGGUUUAGGAAAAGUUGAAGCUUCUGGUAGCACAAAGAAUGUAGAUGGUGAACACAAUCAGUAUGGAGACAGUGCAAAGGAAGGGGUAGAAUGUAGUGAACGGGACUUUUCAGAGGGUGAAGGGGAGUGAAGUGCCUUAAUUUAAUCUGUAAUAAUUUUUUUUAAUUGAUCAUGAACGUUAAAUGUCUGUAUGGUAUGUCUUCAGCAUUGAUGUUAGUUAUGUACAUCACUUCAGGUCCUGAACACAUAGAUUAUAUAUGGAUUGUAAAUUGCAUAUUUUUUCUUCAGUAUGUGGUGACUGCUUUAUGUAUACCAUAAGAAUUUAUCAAUUUCUUAAAGAAUUAUAAAUUUGUUUUAGGUGUUAAGACUAAAGUUGGCCAGAUUAUCGUUACAUCUUCAGUUGCCAAACUGUUAAAGGGUGCUACUAUUUUGUAGUUAUCUUUUGAGGCAGGAAGAAGAAACUAAUGAACUAUGGUGGACAUGAUUUGUUUCAUUCACUUAUCAAAAACAGCAGAAAGUAUGGCUGUUAUGUGUAAGUAAAAGCAUUUUUUCCACUAAAAACCACUGUUUUAUUAAGUGAUUCUAACUUUUAGUUUUUCUGUGUUAUUUUUGGUAAUGUUUAAAGCUUGAUGCACUUUGGAAUUGUUCAGUGGCGGGUUUCACCAUGAAUCAAUAUUGCAAUUUUGCAAUUGGGUUUAUCAAAUCACUUCAUUUAGUUACAUUAGCAUGCCCAGCAAGUUUCAUGUUAGGCACCUCAGUAUUUUCAACCAAUAUUUACAAGUGGUUUAUGACACUAAUUUGUGACAUUGAAUUGUGUUAGUUUCACAAACUAGCACAGAAGUCCAGUAUAGGCAUAUGGUCUUCCAUUAGUAAACACUUUUUAUUUGUAACAUCUGUGUAGUAUGUAUGGUACAGUAUGUGAGAUGUUACUACCAACAAAAUUUCAUAAUUUUAAGUAUGUUGACAAUUUAUGGAGAAUGCUUAGUGAAAUUAUGUUAAAAUAAUAAUAUUGUAUUAUUAACAUUGAGAAGUAUAUGUGCACUUUUUGGUACAUUAGCAAUUGUAGGACCCAUAUGACAUGUCCAGUAUGGUACUUCUUUAGUGUGCCAGUCAUUUAAAUAGAAGGUAAAAGUCUUUUUCACUAUUUGAUUCUUUUCAACCUAAGGAAUAAUUCAACCUGAGGAAUAAUUAAGUUGUUAAUCUUGUAUGCUGAUAUUUGUAAAUACCAAGUAUUUUUAAUAGAAAAAAAAGGAGCCAUAAAAAUAUACCCAUACUCAAAUACUGUUUUCACUGUAUAAAUAUGGUGAUAACUUGGAAAUGACGCAUCAGAGCGCAAUGCAUGGGAAUUUUUAUUUACAAACUAUUAUGUAAUGUCAUCAUUGCUUACCAAGUUUCAUUCAGAUCUAAGAUUUCCAUCUAGAAUGAUUCCAUUUAUUUUUGUUACAUUGCUUACCAAAUUCCAUUAUGAUCAAAGGUUUUUAUUUAUAAAUCUUCCAUUUAUUUUUGUUGCAUGGAACUUGGUCUCCAAGUAUUUUUUAUGGUGCAUGGAACUUGGUUUCUGUAGGGUGAACAUUGUGGUACUGAAGAAUUAGGAGAGGCUAGUAAACUUGCCUAAUCAAGCUUAUUUUGAAAUACUUUUUUUUUUUUUCUUUUUAAAUUUGGAGUUUACAUAUGAGCAACAUCUUUAUUUUAUCUGGUUUAUCUUGCAGUCAUUAAAGAAAGGAAAGAGGUGGUAUGUUACAUAGACUUGAGGUAAUGUACAUAACUUAAGAUAUGAAGUACAAAUCAUUUUCAUGUGAUAUAUUUAUUUAUUGGGCAGGAACAAGAAGAGUAAAAUCCCACUGUUUCAGUGAUUUUCAUAAAAAUGUGAAGAUUCCUGUAUGCAGCAUUGUACUUUUUCAUUUAACAAAUUGUUUUGAGUAUGUACAAAGCCAUUUGAAAUGUGACAGUGAUAUUGACUUGGAAGGAAACUUAGGAAAUCCUUGACAAAGUGUAAACAAAAAAAUUUUUCAAUGCUAAAAACAGUAAAUAUUUCACUGUAGCCAGUUUCAGGCCAGGAAGUUUUCAUUGGUUUGUUUUUCAUCUAGAAAUAUAGGGUAACCAUUUAAACCAAAUACACAUUUUUUUUAAAUAUAUGUACUCAUAAAAUGUGUACUCUCACUUGUAUCAGUAUGUGUGAUGUAAACCAAUGAAAUUCUAUUUUUAAUAAAAUAAGUAAUACCCA